AUGGCUUUGGCUGACAAGAGGCUUGAAAACCUCCAGAUCUAUAAAGUCCUUCAGUGUGUUCGCCAGAAGGACACGAAACAGAUUGAAAAGCUCACCAAGCUUGGAUACCCUGAACUCAUCAAUUUCACCGAGCCAGAAAAUGGAGACGGUGCCCUUCACCUGGCUUGUGUGGCCAACGACAUUGACAUGUGCAACUUUCUUUUAGAACUUGGCGCUCACCCCGAUAUCCAAGAUCGAAUGGGGCGCACCCCCGCGAUGAAAGCGGCAGAACUUGGCCACGACUUGGCCUUGGAUGUGCUGGUCCAGGCCGAGGCAGAUAUGACCAUAGUGGAUGCAGAAGGAAAAGGAGUGCUAUUUUAUUGCAUUCUGCCCACCAAGCGGCACUUCCGCUGUGUUCAGAUGGUCCUCGAAUUUGGAGCGGAUGUGAACAACUGUGCUUUUGAGGGGAAGCCAGUUUUCGUACAAGCCUGUGAGCAAGCCCACGAGAUCAAAGAGAUAUGUAUGACAUUUUUGGAAAGAGGAGCAGAUCCCAAUGCAACAAACCCAGCAACAGGCCGCACUGCCUUGAUGGAAGCAGCAAGAGAAGGGGUUUUAGAGGUGGUCCGGGGUAUCCUGGAGAGAGGUGGGAAUGUUAAUGUUUUUGACAACGAGCGACACCAUGCUGCCCAUUUUGCUGCCAAAGGAGGGUUUUUUGAGAUUCUGAGGAUUAUUUCUGCCUACAAUGGAGAUGUGGGCCUUAUAGCCAUGAAUGGAAACACGCCUCUUCACUAUGCUGCUGCUGGAGGUUUUGCCGAGUGCUGCAAGUUUAUCGGUCAAAGAGGUUGUGAUCCUACUUGGAGAAACUUAGAGAAGAAGGUCCCGAGGCAGGUGGCUAAAGAAGGGGGAUUCAAAGCAGCUGCAAAGGAGAUACGUAAAAUUGAGCGGCGAUUUGCCAAAUUUUCCAAACCCAAACCUGGGGUUAAGGAUCCCAAUCCACCCUGGGCUAUCAGGUUGCACGAUUGGUCUGGAGAAAAUCAGGCGAGCCUUCGUGAAGCAUUUGAGCGUUACGAUCGAGGGGAUGGGACUGUGACCAAGGAAGAUUUUGUAUCUAUUAUUGAGGAAAGGUAUCCAUUUAUUGAGCCAGAGCAGCUACGUACAAUAGCUCAGGUUCAUGAGAAAAUGCGUGCCGCAGGAGUUAACAUUGAAGAAUUUCUGAAGGGCAACCGGUACUUGCAGAAGCCUUUCCUCCUUGGGAGUUAUGGUCCAAAGAAGAAGAAGCCCAAGAAAGCAAAAGGCAAAAAAGGAAAAUUUGCCAUGCCAAUGCCAAUCUGUGUCAUUCCAGAGAGCUCCCGCCCUCGUCGGACAGACGGGGGACCCCCAGAAUACAUGAUUGAAACUUAUCAAAAUGUAACUGACUGCACUCGGUUCAAUCGGGAUCACCCUCCAGAACAUCCUUUGCAGGAUGAUUCCUGGUGGUACGUUGAUGACCCACCAAAGAACUAUGCCAACAUCAAUUAUCUUGCCAAAGAGGGGGAUCUUUCGUCUAUAAGAAAAGCAUUUGAAGCAGGGGUACCGGUAGACAUCAGAGACCAUUUCUAUAAGACUCCGUUGAUGGCUGCCUGUGCAAGUGGCAACAUGGAAGCAGUACAGUUCCUUCUCGAAAAGGGGGCGAGUGUAAACGCCAAAGACAAUUUUAUGUGGACUCCUCUCCAUCAUGCCUGCCACGCAGGGCAGCAAGACAUUGCUGAACUCCUUAUGAAAGCUGGUGCCACAAUAGAUGCCGUCUCAAUCAAUGAUGCAACCCCAUUGAUGAGGGGUAUUGAAAGCAGCCGCUUGGACACCGUGCAGUAUUUAAUCAACAGUGGUGCUAAGGCGCAGAUGGCAAACCGAAGAGGACAAAACUCACUGGAAAUUGCCAGGGCCUAUGCAGACAACCGACUGAUCCACUUCAUUCAAGAUACCUUGGACCGCUUGCCACAAUCCACAGAAGUCAAAGGGGAUAAGAAGAAAGGGAAAAAAGGGGCCAAGCCUAAAGCCCCUGCUGCUGCUACUCCUACUCCAGCUCCAUCAGGAGUUCCAGCUCUUCCCAAGCCAAAGUUUGAAGAACAAUCAAAGGAGUCUGUGAAAGAGGAGAUGCCACAACCCCUUGAGGCUAUUGUUGAGAAAUCACUUUUUGAAGAAGAGAAGGAAUCCAUCAAAGAUAAUGUAGUUUAUCUGAAUUCUCUGAUAACCAGAGGAGCUACAAAGAAACUUAAUAUCACUUUCACACCACAGAGAUCUUGGAGUCCUGAAGCAACCACAAAAGAUCUUCUCAAAAAGAGGGAAUUACGUCGGCAGCGUUUUACUUAUGAAGUGGACUUUGAUGAUUUCAUGAUGCCAUUUAAGAAGAAUUUAAUGGAGAAAGUCCGUACAAUGCAACAGAAUGCUGCUUUGCAUUAA